GACACUGCCAGACAGCAUGACAGCACGGCGCGCCUCCUCGAUAUAUUGGCACCGCCGCCGCCCUGGCUGCGCCUGCGCGUGCCGGGCUGUCGCACCGCUCCCUCGAUGCUUGGAUCAGCUGUCUGGCCCUUGGCUACACUAUGUAACAGUCGCACCUAUGUACGCGUCGUCUCCAGUGUCUCCACUGCUCAAAUUAAACGUAGCUUGACACAACUGAUACAAGCCGCUGAUCGACCUGCACAUCCCUGUCCAACAUGGCUGCACGACGAGCCAUCUUAAACGUCGACCUGCCCAUUCGGUCCUGCCUGCAAUUGCAAGUCCUGUCGCCGCCCGCUCCUUCUCUGUCGCCGCCCGCUCCUUCUCUGUCGCCGCCCGCUCCUUCUCUGUCGCCGCCUCGUGCCCUGCCCUCUCGCUCUGCGCCAUGCACUGAUCCACUCCUUUGAAAAAGUCUCGCUCGUUCCCCAGCUGCCAUGCUUGCGACGAGAAAGCGGCCGCUGCCGCUGCUGGCUGCCCUUGCGCUCGUUCUCGUCAUCGUCUUCUACCAUCGGGACCGUGCCGACCGUCUGUACCAGCAAUGGUCGACCUCCAUCGAGUCGCACCCCAUGAAGCUGCCUGCGAACAGCACGCUUGGCUUUGGUGCUGUUGUCGUCGUCUCGCAGGAGAGCUCUGAACGCCGCCAUGCCCUGCUGCAAGCUGCCAACGUCACCGACGUGGACCUCACCAUUCCAGCGCAGCCGCAGUGGACCGAGGGCGAUGUUGAACGCUUCAUCAACGGUCAAGACAACGUUCAAAGAGGCUCAAUACUAGCGUGGUUGGGUCACCACAACGCUCUCCGCUGGUUCUUAGACUCUGGACUCGAGACUGCACUCAUUCUCGAAGAUGACGUCGACUGGGACGUUCGUCUUCGCAGCGUUCAGAUUCCGCUAGCCGCAAGCGCCGCCCGCCAGCUUCUGCCACCACAGCGAUCGUAUCAUCCGUUCGCGAACUUUGGCAGUAAGCACGUGCAGUAUUGGGGCAAUCACGAUGAGUGGGAUCUACUCUAUCUAGGCCAUUGCGGUGAUUAUUUCGACGAAAUCACCGAGGACGGACCAAAAACAACGAACAAGCGCUACAACCUGACUGACACACCUCACGUGUUGUACAAGGACUACACGCUGCCUAUGCGAUCCGACCUGCACCCUUUCACGCAAGCUCUGUUUGGCGCACUACAGAUGCCUGCGCACUCGCGCAUCUUCCACCGAUCCAAAUUUCCGCUCUGCUCGUUCGGCUAUGCUGUGACGCGCCCGUCCGCUGAGCGUCUGCUUAGUGAUCUCGCACCGCCGAAGCUCCGUAAGAAGGGACCUCGUGCGUUUGACGUCUCGCUCCUGCACGCGUGCAACAAAGGGUCUAAGACACCCUCACCCACCGUAAGAUGGAACAAUCCCAAGCCACACCCCGACCCAAAUCUACGACACAGGUACGCAAGUCCGGGUCUCCGCUGCUGGACAUUCAACUCUGAGCUGUUUCACCACAUGCCAGGCCAGAGCGAGAUUGCAGAAAUCGGCGCAAGAGCUGGAGAAGAAGAGGCUGGAAUUCCACCUGUCGAUCUGGCUGGCCAAGCACAGGUCCUCUACCGAAACGAAACGACCAAUAUCGACUGCGGAUUUUGGAGCGGCGCAUUCGCGUUUGACAACACCAACACCGACGAACUGCGCACCUUGCAACAGAAAGUCGGCAGAGAAGGCAGAUGUCUGAAAGAAGGGCGACGAGAAACCGACGAUGCACUCCAGAAGCUCAUGGACUAGAGGCCCGGAGCCGAGCAGUGGUCACGGCCGCAAGCUCAUUGACUGAGCUAUAACAUCAACUGUAUAUAUAACAUACCAGCAGCAUUUCUUAGCGAUCGAUAGCGGCGUCACCAGGGAGUUCACGGCGUCCAUUGGGCAUGGCAUGUCCACAUGAUGAUUCCCGGAUACCAAGCAGCAAGACUGCACAUAUGGCGCAUAUAGGUUUUUUUGGUUUCGCUCGGAUCUUGGAUUCGAACUGCACUUCAGAGCAGAAGCAUGAACACACACAGCCGCAUUGAUACCACAGUAGAUUUAGAGUUUUAACAAUCAAGUACCCACAUCUGUCACUCA